CUCGAGGCGCAGGGGGCGGGGCGGGGCGCACCCACUGCCCCGGCGGGGGGUCUCGCGGGCGCACGCGCCGCAGUCGCGCCGGGCGGAGGGCGGAGAGGGUGGGUGUGCUCCAGGCGCGCUCCGCCGCCGCUGCAGCCUGCUCCUCCGCCCGCGCCGCCUGCUCCCGGCUCUCCGCCCCAGAACGCCGGCUUCCAAGCGGCCAUGGGCGGCGAGGGGCCAGAGGUGUAGUCCGCCAGCCCUGGACCCGCGUCCCACACCCUGACGGUCCCGUUCACAGAGCCAUGGGGGUGUUGAUGUCCAAGCGGCAGACAGUGGAGCAGGUGCAGAAGGUGAGCCUGGCUGUGUCUGCCUUCAAGGAUGGGCUACGGGACAGGCCUUCCAUCCGACGCACAGGUGAGCUUCCAGGGUCCCAUGGCACUGUAGAGGGCUCGGUGCAGGAGGUGCAGGAGGAGAAAGAAGCGGAGGCAAGCACCCCAGUGCUCCAAGAAGAGAGCAGCAUCAACCGUGCAGCCUGGGAGAGGCUCCGUGAUGGGCGUGGAGUAGAGCCUGAGGAGUUUGACAGGAACAGCCGUUUCACACCCCCUGCCUUCAUCCGCCCCACCCGGAAGCUGGAUGAUGACAAGCCUCCAGAUAUUUGCUUGGAGCCCAGAGAGCCUGUUGUCAACGAUGAGAUGUGUGAUGUCUGUGAGGUCUGGACCGCCGAGAGCCUCUUCCCAUGCAGGGUCUGCAGCAGUUUUCACGAUGGCUGCCUGCGUCGCAUGGGCUACAUCCAAGGAGACGGUGCAGCAGAGGUGACCGAGAUGGCACACACGGAAACAGGCUGGAGCUGCCACUACUGUGAUAACCUCAACUUGCUGCUAACUGAGGAGGAAAUGUACAGCACCGAGACCUUUCAGCAGUGUAAAGUCAUCCCUGAUUGCUCCCUGACAUGGGAGGACUUCCUGCGCUACCGCCACCAAGCAGCAAAGCGGGGGGACAGUGACAGGACUCUAAGCCAGGAGCAAGAGGAGCAGGCAGCCCGCCAGUUUGCAGCCCUGGACCCUGACCAUCGAGGACACAUAGAGUGGCCUGACUUCUUGUCCCAUGAGUCCCUCCUACUCCUGCAGCAGUUGCGUCCCCAGAACUCUCUUUUAAGACUUCUGACAGUCAAGGAGCGGGAGCGAGCCCGAGCCACCUUCCUGGCGUGGGGCCACGGGAGCACCAUUAGUGAGGCGGAGUGCCGCCACGCACGGCACUCGUGGUUCUGCAAACACCUCCCGGAGGCUCCUUCCUCCAGUGUCAGCAUCAGUCAUGUGGGUCCCAUAGCAGACAGCAGCCCAGCCAGCAGCAGCAGCAAGAGUCAGGACAAGGCCCUGCUGCCCACAGAGCCUGAAUCCAGGUCUGUGGACUGGCCUACCUUCCUGCGGGAGAAUGUCAUCUACAUCCUGGCUGCUCGCCCAAACAGUGCAGCCAUUCACCUGAAACCCCCUGGAUAGCAUGGAGCAGAGAAAUUCAAUUCAGGGACAGUGGCUUUCUCUCCUUUUCCUCUCUCUCUUUCCCCCACCAGCCUGUGGUAGAGACUCACGAGGAUGGGGCGCUGCCGGCAUCUCAGUUUGUCACCGAGCUUUAUGGCACUGAAACACCAUUCACCUCACGACAGAGGCAGUAAAUGCAUCACCACAGGGAGAAGCCCUGGGAGCUGUGGCAGCACCCAGUCCUGAAAACACACCCCCCCCCCACCUUCACAUGGUACACUGGACCUGCCACGGCACAUGGGUGUGCGUGCACACACACUCGUACACCCCUAGCUGUCCACCCCUUCAGAGACCUGGUUCUUCUGGUUAAAAAAUGUCCAAAGUUCCUUUGAGAACACACUGGUAGAGACGAGGGGGUCCUGACUCGCCCUAUUCUAUUGGCCAGUUCCAACUCCAUUACAUGAGACCCUGACCAAGUGAUUCCUAAUAAGGGGCAUAUCAGAUUCACAUGCUCUCCUGGAAAUAGAGGUUCCAUGUUCCCCCAUUGAAAAUCCCUUCUGCGGUGAGCCACUGUUCUGGUAGGUGUGUAUUAUAUCCCUCGGAUGUGCUGGGGUGGGAAAAUGGUUAAAAACCACCACUGCACUUCAGCCCUUUAUUUAUUUAAAUUUCAAUUCCUGGCAACAGAGAAGGUAACUAGUCUGUGGAAUCCUAAUUACAAAAGGGGGAGGUAGCCCCUGCCAGGGACCCAGAAGUCUAGAACCUCUGAGCCGGGACAUUCAAGUCAAAAAGUCUUUAGAAGAACAAUCAAAACCCAAAGUGAGCCAUCCUGGCCCCUGUUUUUCAGAUGUGAACUCACGGCCCACAGUCCAAGGGGUCUAAAUGGAACCAGUCUGAUGGCAGGAGUUACAGCCCUGCGUGUUAGAUGCUUCACCCAAGUCAGCUACCACGGAGCCCUACAGCCUGGGCUCCAAACAGGACCAGGUCUGGGUGGAAGAGAACAGGAGAAGGCCCAUCUUUUCCAUCCUCCCAGUUCGGCUCAACUGUAGACCUAGAAAAGUGUGCCACUGUGCAGAGAACAGAGCCAGCCUCUGCCGUAGCUCCACAGAGGCCCUGAGCAGGGACUCCUUUCAACUACCCUGAAAAUGAGGAUAAGAGGCAGAAGCUGAGAAGAGAAUUGGCUUCUCAGGUCUGUUAAGCAGAUAAAGUCCCAGCAAAGCCUCACAGAAGCCAUCAGUUUUCCCUUCUCCCCAUCACUGAAAUAAGGCCUCGGUUGCUACUUCUCCCCCUGUUAACUACAUGUUCUUCCCCACCAGGCUAAGGCCUGGGCCUAGAAUGGGAGGACUUUGGGGACAAGCGGAGGCUGCCACAAGGCCACCACACCUGGCCUUUAAGUCCCAUCUGUCCUCCUAAGUUCUCAUCAAGUUCUCAAGUCAGUGCAUGUUGUGGAUCAGCCCCUGGGUUGAGGUUUCUGUUCCCAACCUAAUAGCAGGUUUAGCCGGAUCUGACUACCAAGAGUUAUUUGAGAUGGUUCAGUCUCAGUUUGAGUUAGUUCAGUCAUACAGAAGCUAACAUACCCCAUUGUCGAAGUAACUUGUACUAAAUAGGAUAUUUACAGAAGCAGCAGCAUCCAGCUCAGUGUUGAGAUGCUCAGAAGAGGAGGGAGCUGCAACCAGGAGUGUGGUGUAUGGCCUCCUCCUGCCAAAACUGCUUGAACUGGAAGCAGUGGAAAGCUUCUGGAGUUGGAUUACUUAGGACUGAAAUGAAGCAGACAGAAGAUGGAUCUCGGUUCAUGUAUAUGACCCCGAGCAUUUCAAAACACAGCUUUUGGUAAAUAUUCCUUACCCAUACUCAGGACUGAUCAGUGAGAGGGGUUGUUGUUCAGUCCAGCCCAAAAAAAGCGAGGAAGCACAUGACUCAGGUACAAGGACUGCAUCUGAAGCAGCCUGGCCUGAGAUUAAAGCACAUUAAGCAUAGGGCCUCUUGCUCACUCUCCUGGCAAAUCACUUUUUGCAUCAAUGGCCUUGAGCUGUUUGACCUUAUGAACAGAUCAUUUUGAGUAAAGACAAGCUCUGGACGUUUAGGGCUGAACAGCUUUUUUCUCCUGCCUCAUCAUCAGUCACAGGGACUGGGAGUCCACCUUCUCAUUUCCUGUCCUUCACAGAUCAAGGAGAUGCCUACCUCUCUGGAGCUGCAGCUUCUAGCUUUCUGUGGGUGAGUGGUGAAAGACCAUACGCCAGAUCAAGCUAGCGGAUCCCAGGGCCUGACAAAGCAGGCCCAAGUUCUUCCACAAGAUCAGGCCCAUUUGAGGUCACCUCUGCCUAUUCCAGGACACCAAGCUUCCCUGGUAGGGGUAUGCUGCAGAGGGUCCAGAGGACACUGCUCCCCACCCACAAAGGAUAGAGUCCCCAGUCCAAGAGAGUCCUAGGAAGCAGAAAAAAACCAGCUUCUCCAUAGGCAUCUAACUUUUUACCACAGGAGAGGUUCAAUAGCUCCCCCAGUUCAGAGUGCAGAAGACGCACCCCAACCCCCUGUCCGGGAUCUCCCUUUGCAGUGUUCUAAGCCAUGGAGACCUUUAGCAGCAUGUAAGGAGAUGUUCAAACUUUCAUAAACCUAGUGGACUCAACUCUCCUCCUUUUCAUACCCUUCCACCACUAUGAGUGUCUGAAAUUCUGCCAAGCACAGAAAUUAGUGUCUGACUUUAAUAAGGGUAGGAGAAAAUGUUUGUCUUUUCUUCUUAAGAUCAGUGCUUUUCCCAGGUACCACCCACCCCAUCCCUCAACCAAGAAAGGCCGGGGUUAUAAAUACACUCCUCUGAAGACCAUCUGCCCUAGGCCUGUGUUUCACCCAGCAGUCCUCUUCCCCACUUUCAUAUUUAAAGACGGGUAACUCAGUGAAGCCGCAGCAACAGAGCGUCGGCUGAGGCAGUAGCUAUGGCCUCAUAACCUCUCCAGGUGUGCUCCAUAGCUUCCUCUCCUAAGACCAGCCCUCCCCAACAGAUGCAGGCUCUGCAGUUUUGAGCAAUGACCCCUUUGGAUCCCAGGGAUGGAGGUGUUUGCUUACUCCUAGGUACUGACUCCCUUCCAAGUGCUCUUCCUUUGAGGUCAGCCAAAGCCAUGAGCACAUCGCCUCUUCUUGCCUUCAGCUCAAAUGGGGCUGCAGGGUUGACACUGGCCUUUCUAGCCCUGGUGCUCCCUGAGGGGUGUCACCCUGGCCUUGUUUCAGUGGCCAAAUCUGGGGAUUCCCCCGUUCCUACCACCAACAUGGGAAGCACAGAAUCAAACUGCCUGGGAAGAGGGCACCUCACUACGGGGUAAGCCCAGGAUGAUGCCUAGGCCUCUCAGCCCAAAGCAUAACCUCAACAAUUGCAGAUCUUGGCUUUAAUAAGAGUAGUGCCAGGAAGGCCUAAAGCCAAGAGGAAAGCUUAGCAGGAGCUGUCUGGCGGGGCCUCAGGCUAGCCAUGACCACCCCAGAGCCGAGAGUAACCUCCAGGUAGGACUAUAAACAGGUUCUACUGACCUGCAAGCAUGUCCCGUUCCAACCAGCAGAGUAAAAGGAUGUAUACUUGUCACUCAAAGGCAGAACAACCUUGAUGCCAGAAUUUCAGGACAUCCUGGCAGCACCUAUAACCAUAACCCCUUUAUACCCCUCUAUUACAGUGGAAUAAAAUUACUACUCCAUGCCGCGGAGUUUGAAUUGGCCCAAGAUCUCUCUGGGUCCCUGCUUAUAGCCCAGACAACAGAGAUCUUGCUGAGUGGGGGAUAUCAAUGCACUGUGCCUGUUCCCGACAGCCCUGGAGUGGGGUAGGACUGGGCACUUUCCCCGUUGUUGCUUUCCGGCUACCACUGCUUUUGGCAACCUUGGGGGUAAAAAAACAGGUUAGAAAAUUUCCAUUAGACUCAACUAGCACUAAGGAAAAUCUUCUCUGGGCCACAUACCCUGAUAGCCAGAUCAUAGAGAGGGUGUCGGGUCUGGUCUAGGCCAGUGACUGAGAACCCAAGUUGCAAUGUGUCUACAAUGGGUUGGUGUGACCACAGCUGUGAACAAAGUGUAAGUAGCAAGGCCUUUCCAUAUCUGUGGUGAAACACAGGACUUCAUGCUUAGCCUCCUGCAAGAGAUGGCCUAUGCUCUGUCUCCCAGCCACACUCAGGCUUGUGAGGGGGUUCUGAGAGCACUCAACAACGAUGGAGGAUCCAAUGCCCUGUGGUCCCUCAUGCCUUUCCUAUGUGCUUUCCCGAGGAAGGUAACUUGGCAGUAAGCUGAGGGGGACACGUCCAAGCCCUGUCUUCCCAUCAUUCCAGCUGCAUGCUCUUCCCAUGGUUCAGCCUUCACUCCAGAAGGAGCUGAUGAUCUCCAAGGCUGGGCACAGUGGAAAUCCUAAUAAAGAGAUUGUGAUGCUG